AUUAGUAGCAUAUUAUUAAACAAUGCCUCAACAAGUCCUUACACUGUGUCGAAAAUGCGGAAAGAGAAGGCAUCAUACGGGUAUAAAUACCCAAUCGGUAAUGAAGUUAUAGAUAAUUGGCUUAUUAAGAUAAAUAAACAAACUAGUAGAAAACUUAUAGAAUUUAUUCCAUACGAGCAGUUUAGUGAUAUCACUUAUCUCGCUAAAGGUGGGCAAGCAUUUUAUAUGUAUAACAAUUCAACGGUUGUUCUUAAAAAUCUUAACGAUUCUGAAAUUAUAAGUCAAGAUUUUUUAAACGAGUUAAAAAAUUAUUUUCAAUGUUCAUAUUCUAGCUUAAUUGGUUCCUAUAUACAUAAAUAUUAUGGCAUCACACGUCAUCCGGAAACAAAAAAAUAUAUAAUUGUAACGGCCUUUGCACCAGGCG